CGGACGUUCUGCUGCAACAUGUGGAAGAUCAAACCCCCGGUCGAGUUCGCCAAGGAGACGAGGUACAGGCCCAUUCUGGAGAGUUUGGUUCCCCCGGACCCCAUGUCCCAGUUCCACCUGAGGAGAGGUUCCCCUGAGGAGGAGUUCCCCGACCUGGCCAGGAACGCCACGUGGAUGGGGCGGAUCCUCACGCCGGCCAUGUACCGCCGGCAGUUCAACCGCUGCACCGACAGCGGCGUCAUCUUCGAUGAUGUCAUUCGCGUGGGCCUCGAGGAACCAGGUGACGUGUCCGGUCCUGUGUCGGUCGGGUGUUUGGCGGGCGACGCUCAGUCCUACAUCCUGUUCUGUGAUUUCUUUGACCGGGUGAUCGAGGCGUACCACGGCCACAAGAUCAGCAGCCAGACGCCAGAGAGCGACUUCAACUACGACAACCUGAAGGGAGGUGAUGACCUGGACCGGUCAUACGCUGUGAGCUGUGAGGUGAGCGUUGUUCGAGGCAUUGAGGACUUCAGCUUCCCAACGCACUGCAGCAGAGGAGAGCGCAGACAGCUCCUCACGCUGGCCAGGACAGCUCUGCAGCAGCUGCAGGAGGAGCUGCCGGGCCGCCUCCUGCCGGUGGAGGAGCUGACCCUGGACCAGCAGAGGGAGCUGAUGCUGACACCUCCUUCCUGCGUCCAGCUCCGGACGGGCGUGGCCCGGGACUGGCCGGAUGCCAGGGCCGUCUGGGUCAGUACAGACGGCAGCCUGGUGGUCUUGGUGAACCUGGAGGAUCACCUGAAGCUGGUGUCCACACAAGACGACGCCAACAUCGCCAAGGCUUUUCAGUCCGUCUGCGUCAACCUGCUGAAGCUGGAGGCGCUGUACAAGAAGCUCAGACACCCGUUCAUCUGGAAGCAGCAGUUGGGAUGGGUGGCGAGCUCGCCGGCUGCCGUUGGGACGGGGCUGAAGACCAGCGUCCUCCUCAGACUGCAGCACCUUCCCCAACACCGCCGGCUGCAGGACGUCCUGAAGAGGCUGCGGAUCCGCAUGGACAAGACAGAAUCCCCGGCGCUGUACUGCGUGAGCAACGCGGCGACCUUCGGCCCCAGCGAGGUGGCGCUGACCCAGCUGGUGGUGGACGGCGUCAAACUGCUCAUCGCCAUGGAGAAGAGGCUGGAGUGUGACGGCGGCAUCGACGACCUCGUCCCCACGCAGAAGUAG